UUUUUUUUCCUCCCCUCCUCUGGAAGACCCGCCUGUUUUUUCGCCUCCCGUGCCCCACCGGAGAGGCCGGGAGCGGCUCCGGCAGCACCUCCCCGGCGCACCGCGUGUGUGAGCCCGGCGGCUCGGCUCGGUUCAGCGCGGCCCGGCUCGGCACGGCACGGCUCGGGCGCUCGCCCCCGAUAAUGCAGAGCUACAAGUACGAUAAGGCGAUCCCGCCGGAGAGCAAGAAUGGGGGCAGCCCGGCGCUGAACAACAACCCGGCCAAGAGCAGCAGCAAGAAAGCCCUGCUCAUCUGCCUCGACUUCCUCUGCCUCGUCAUGGCCGGGUUGCCCUUCCUCAUCAUUGAAACGAGCACAAUCCAGCCCUACCAGCGGGGCUUCUAUUGCGACGAUGACAGCAUCAGGUACCCCCUGAAGGCGAUGGAGACCAUCAACGACGCAGUGCUGUGUGCUGCAGGCAUCCUCAUCGCCAUCCUUGCAAUCAUAACAGGUGAGCUCUACCGGAUCCACUACCUGAAGGAGAAGUCCCACUCCUUCAUCCAGAACCCCUACGUGGCAGCUCUCUACAAGCAGGUGGGCUGCUUCGUCUUCGGCUGCGCCAUCAGCCAGUCCUUCACAGACAUCGCCAAAGUCUCCGUCGGGCGCUUGCGGCCGCACUUCCUGGAGGUUUGUGAUUUGGAUUUCUCCACCAUCAACUGCGCUAAGGGAGUUUACAUCCAAAACUACACCUGCAGGGGAAGCGACAGCAAAGUCCAGGAAGCCAGGAAAUCCUUCUUCUCCGGGCAUGCAUCCUUCUCCCUCUACACCAUGCUGUAUUUGGUGUUUUAUCUGCAGGCCAGAUUCACGUGGAAGGGAGCUCGUCUGCUUCGUCCCCUCCUCCAGUUCACCCUCAUCAUGAUGGCGUUUUACACCGGGCUGUCCCGUGUCUCAGACCACAAGCACCACCCCACUGACGUGCUGGCAGGCUUUGCACAGGGGGCCCUGGUGGCUUACUGCGUGGUGUUUUACGUCUCAGAUCUCUUCAAGCCCAAGACAAAGACUUGCCUGCCUCCACCGCCCAUCCGGAAGGAGAUCCUUUCACCUGUGGACAUCAUUGAGAGGAAUAACCAUCACAACAUGGUGUAGACCUUCAAGAAAUUGGAUGGCUGUUGUUUAUUUUAUUUGGGCUUUUGUUGUUUUUUUUUUCCAGUUAUUUUUGGCAAAAAAAAAAAAAGAAAAAGACUGCUGACAGCAACUACCUGCUGCUCUCAAAUCUCAUCAGACAGUAGAAUGUAGGGAGAGACUUUCUUGCCCGACCAGUAAAAGUCUUACUCUGUGGUCUUUUCAACUUGCAACAUUUGGAUGAAAGGGAGUUGGUGGUCAACUUAAGGCAAAAGCAACGAGGGAGAAAGGCAAAAAGAAAAAAGAAAAGAAGUAAAAAAAAAACCACAAACCACAAAAAGCUGAGCAAACCAAGAGAGGUGCCGGAGCUCUGGGAUGUGCAAUUGGUUUGAGUGUUCAUGUUGUAGUGAACGCCAAAUUGUUCCUAGCCUGAUGAACACUUAAGGGGUUUUUGGAAAGCUGGCCAUCUGAGGUGUUGUUUUGUUUUUGGUUUUGUUUUGUGUUGUUUUAGUUUGUUUUGGGUUUGUUGUUUGGUUGUU